UCGGAAUAUCAAUAAAUGAACAAAUUCGAGUAGCAAUGAAAUUAUUUCGAUAAUAAAUUAGUGAUACAGUUUAACAGUACAUAAAACCUGCAUCGGAGACCAGUAAAAUAAAAUGCCUUUAUGAAAAUUGGAUGGAGAAACGAAAAUGUGUUGCAUCUGCAACCUCUUUUGGCAAGGAGCAAUUUUGGGGGCUUUUUUUCUUUUUCUCAUACUCACUGGAGCAAUGAUACUUGGGACAAUAGAAUGGGUAUCAGGAGCUCAUCCUCCUGCAAGAAGAAGGAUGGAAGAUGAUAAGUCACAAAUAUUCAAGGAGUUUAUGACGGAAGAGUCUCCAAUAGAUAAGUCAAAAAUAAUCAACGAGCUUUUGAAAGAGAAGUCGGCAAUAGAUAGGUUCUUUUAUAAACCACCAAACUUUAAUUCGACUUCCACAAAUUAACUCAAAGGACACUGCAAAAUAAAUGUACGGAGUCUGGACCCACCCCUUAAUAGAACUUUUCAAAAAGAGCAAUAGUUACUCAUAUACCUAUGGUCAAAUGCAGUAUUAUUGUGGCUUUUACUUUAUUGGUCUUUAUUUUAUGGAUACUUUUUUUAUAAUAAAAGCAUGUGCUCUAACUGUCACCUGUCAAUAUAAAAAUCAAAAUGUCAAAACUGUUGUAUUAUUCUACCAACGGCAUUGAGAUGUUGCGUAUUUUUCUUUGACCUUCAUCAAAUAUCCAGGUCUCUCUCUACAAACAUUUCGAAGCCCGGUUGGAUCGUGGAGAAAGUAUAUUCUUGUGGGCGAGUAUUCCAGGAGCUUUCAAACUAUUCAACAAGUCGACUGUUCAAAUAAUCAGCUUAGUAGUGGCAUGUCUACUUACUUUACUUGCAGGUGUCUGCAUAUGGUAUUUCUGGCCAAUUCCUGUGGAUUGAAUGCAAUAUUUAAACCACGAAGCUGGAUAGAUACAAGAUCUGAUGUUCCACUUAACAUAUUGACAAAAACAUUUGGAAUAUUAUCCAUUAUUGAAGGCGACUAUUCUAUUUUCUGUAUCGCCAUUUUUAAUUCACAAUAUUUUGUGAAACUUUUCAAGAAAUUGGAUGAACUUGAUACUGUUUUUCAUGUUUCAAAAGCAGUUUUUAUAAGAAGACGGAUUUUGUCAACAUUUUUGGUAAUUCUACCAUUAGGGCAGUUGCUAAGCACAUUUUGGUUGAGAAAGUUUAAUAUACAAAAUAUUGGUGCACACAUAAAUUUCUUUUUUCUCAUGUUACAAGGAUCGAUUUUUUACUUUGUCAUUGUGAAUAUAUAUGUAAAACUUCUCAUGCUAAACGCUCUUCUGAUAAAAAUAGUGCAAAGUACGAUGUCAAAACAAAGGGAGAUAAUAUUUAAAGAUACUAUAUGUGAUUGGAUUAUCAAGAGUGUUUGUGUGGAACCUAAACUAGUAAGAAUAUAUCAAUAUUCCUGGUUUGAACUGAUGCAAAUUUAUGACAAACUAGCUGAUUGCAUUCAUCUUUUCAAUGAAAUAUAUUGUGGUCAGAUAUUUGUUAUGUACAAUACAUGGUUAUUGGGUACAUUAUUGACAAUUUGUCGGUCGUUAUCGCCUUCCCUUAAAUACUCUGAAAUAUUUCUCAGUGAUUUAUUUCUAUAUUCUUGUAUUAACGGUCGACCUCUAUUCUUGGCCACCAUAUCUGAGAUGUUCAUAAGAGAGAGGAAGAAAACUGUUGAAGUACUUUUACACGUGUUACGAUUGCACAACGAAGAUGAUCAACUCUUUAAUCAAAUAAAAACUAUUUUAAUGUUGGUUAAAACUCGCGAACUGGAAAUAUCGGCAAAUGUCUUCAGUAUCAAUGUACCAACUGUUAUGAACUUUGCUGGUCGAAUCAUAUCGUAUACGGUUCUCAUGAUCCAAUAUUUUUACAGCCAUGAUCAUCCAAAAUAAAAAUCAUUUGUAAUUUAAUUAAUUAGACAAAAAUCAUUGAAUAAUGUUUCGAGGUUCUCGUAAAGUAUUAAUAGCCUA